CUGAGGUCGCCCUAGCCCCAUUUGGGGUGGGUUACGAUUUUCCCGGAGUAAAGGCAAAACAAGCAUCCAUGGCCUUUGGGCCAUCACGAUGUGAAGAUCUACAGCAAUGUGGGUCCUAUUUCCAACACCAGCAAAUGCAGAGUCACUUAUUCAAACACUCGUGCUAUUCAAUAAGGAAAGGUGCCCCACUGUUGCAGCCGUAGCCAAAGAUUUAAAAAGGUAGAUGCCCCUCACUCUCCUCCUGUCGCCAUUUUUCUUUUCUCUCAUCUUCUUCAGAAUUCAGAGAAAACGACCCAAUUUCUUUAAUUUUCUCCCAACCUGUAACUCAUUUUCUUGAAUCUUUGCUUUUACAUUCUUGAUCAUCUAUUUAUUUAUAUUGUUAUAAGGUUACAUAUAUACAUAUACGUAUACAUGGGUUGCACUGUGAGGGAGAAGCAUAUCCGUACAAAUCGGAGAGCACGAUCAGCUAAACCUGAAUUUGACCCCUGCUGUUAUGCGUCCUCGAUAUCCAAGUCCAUUCUUGAAUCAGGCCUCAAACCCUUGGCUUACCACCUGGGUCUGCACGAUCCAACCCACACCAAUCCAAACCCUAAUUCAUCUAAUGCUAAUCUUGAAGAUAAUGGUUGGGGUUAUUGUACUGAAGAACAAUUGGAAGAAAUCUUAUUAAAGAACCUUGAAUUUUUGUAUAAAGAAGCAAUUGCUAAGCUUGUUUCAUUGGGUUAUGAUGAAGAUACUGCUUUAAAAGCGAUUUUGCGUAAUGGGCAUUGCUAUGGUGGUAUGGAUGUUUUAACUAAUAUAUUGCAUAACUCUUUGGCUCAUUUGAAUAGCAAUUCCGGUACUAAUUGCAGUAGCAGUCAUGGGAGUUUAGAUGAAUCCGAGCCUGUUUUUAAUGAUUUAAGGCAAUUGGAGGAGUAUUCUCUUGCGGCCAUGGUUUGUUUGCUGCAACAAGUUAGACCACAUUUGAGUAAAGGUGAUGCCAUGUGGUGUUUAUUGAUGAGUGAUCUUCAUGUGGGUAGGGCGAGUACUAUUGAAAUUCCACCUGGUAAUGGAAAUAUUACGGUGCAGAGCAGUCUAGAGAGUUUCAGUAGCAAUGGUGUUGAUAAUGGGGUUGGUGUUGUAGCACCGGCCCUAUGCAGAUUUCAUGGAGGGUGGGGGUUUGGGAAUGAAGGAGGAUCAGAAUUUGCUGUCAAUGGGUUUUUCUCUUAUAGUGCAGAAAUGACUUUGCCAAAGGACAUUGAUUGUCCUAAGAGGUUUAACCUUUCACCUUCAAUGAAAUCUCUGUUGAAGAGGAAUGUUGCCAUGUUUGCUGCAGGUUUUAGGGCUAAUUCAAAACAGAUGCAGUUGCAGUCUCAGGCUCAACCGGAGUCUUGUGUGGGUGUUUCGUCAGGUGGGGAUGUAACCCCAGCUUCUGCAGGUAGCAGGGUUCUGGUUGAGAAUGGUGAAGUGUCUCAAAAUUCGAAAAACCAAGAUGGGGUUAACUCCGUGUGGAACAAGUUUCAAGAUGGGAUUAGUUCAGUGUUAAGUAAGUUCAGUGACUUGAAUCUUGAUGAAAAUUUGGAGCUUGCUGGAGAAGAUCAGAAGGAUGAGAUGAUAGUUACUCUGCUUCAUCAGAUUAAGGAUUUGGAAAGACAAGUAAAAGAGCGAAAAGAGUGGGCACAUCAGAAGGCAAUGCAAGCUGCAAGAAAGCUUAGUAGUGAUUUGACAGAGCUUAAAAUGUUGAGAAUGGAGAGGGAGGAAACACAGCGAUUGAAGAAGGGGAAACAGACUCUUGAGGAUUCAACAAUGAAGAGGCUCUCAGAGAUGGAGAAUGCUUUGAGGAAGGCAAGUGGCCAAGUGGAUCGGGCAAACGCAGCUGUGAGGCGGCUUGAGACUGAGAAUGCAGAAAUCAGAGCAGAGAUGGAGGCUUCUAAGUUAAGUUCAUCAGAGUCCACGUCAACGUGUAUGGAGGCUGUGAAGAGAGAGAAAAAAUGGCUGAAGAAGCUCUUGGCUUGGGAGAAACAGAAAACUAAGUUGCAGGAUGAGAUUGCAGAUGAGAAACAGAAGAUCAAGGAGUUGCAGAGAUGCUUGGCAAUGGUUGAGCAGGCUCAGAAGGAAGCUGAGGCAAAAUGGAGGCAGGAAGUGAAGGUGAAAGAGCAGGUUUUGGCCCAGGUAGAGGAGGAACGGCGGUCUAAGGAAGCAGCUGAGGCCAGCAAUAAAAGGAAGCUUGAGGCUUUGCGCCUCAAGAUAGAGAUAGACUUCCAGCGCCAUAAGGAUGAUCUCCAGAGACUUGAGCAGGAGCUUUCACGUCUAAAAGCAUCUGCAGAGUCCCCUGACUUGAAUCAUCAGUUAAGUACUUUACCCUCUGGAAAGCCUGAGAAGACAAAGCCCCAAGGAGAAACAAUUGCUAGGCUGCUGCAUGAAUUAGAUAAACUGGAGGAUUCAUCUGAUAAAGGAGCCAACUGUGAAAGAGAUUGCAUAAUUUGUAUGAAGGAUGAAGUCUCUAUUGUUUUUCUUCCAUGUGCCCACCAAGUUAUGUGUGCCAGUUGCAGUGAUAAUUAUGGGAAGAAGGGUAAAGCUACUUGUCCAUGUUGUCGGGUUCCAAUAGAACAGAGAAUCCGUGUUUUUGGUGCAAGUUCGUAAUCAUGGGUUGGUGCGACAGUAAUAAAGGUCAACCGAAGUUUUACUUUUCUAUAUGCUUGAUGGUACGCAUUUUCUAUUUUCUUGCAGGACUGCUUGCUAUGACAUAUAUACUUGCCUUGAAACACUACUGCUUGUACUUGCAUCACAAUGAGGAUGUAGGUAAAUAAGAAGUAAACUUCUUUUAGGCUCAUGAUUUUACACAUACUUGCCGUGAACAAAAUGCUGGUCUUUCAGCGAGAUGAGAAUGUAUUUAAAUAAGAGCUGAGCAGGCUCUAGCUUUUAUCCUAAAACAAAUGAAAUGUUUGUUUUACCUUA